AUGCAUUUUAAACAAGUAACACAUGUUAUUUUUGAUAUGGAUGGCCUAAUUAUAGACUCAGAGGCCGCUUACCACAGAAUUCUGCAAAGCAUUGCUCAACAAUAUGGCAAAGACUAUAGCCAUGAGCUGCUACUUAAAAUUUUGGGAACCACAGAAGAAGAUACAGCCAGAAUAUUUAUAAAAGAGCUCAACAUACCAUUGACUUUGGAGGAGUUUUUGAAAAUUUUUUCUAAAAAAACUGAAGAAGAGCUACAACAUCCACCUCUUAUGCCAGGUGCUGAAAAAUUAAUCAGGCAUUUAGCAAACCUUAAUAUUCCAAUUGCUGUGGCAACAUCCUCGUCGGAACCGUCCUAUUUGCUAAAAACCAAAAACCAUCAAAAUGUAUUUUCGUUGUUUAGCCAUGUAGUGUGUGGCAGUACAGAUCCUGAGGUGAUAAAUGGCAAACCAGCUCCUGAUAUUUUUUUGGUUUGCGCUUCCAGGUUCCCAGAUAAGCCUGAUCCUGCAAAGUGCCUUGUAUUAGAAGACGCUCCAAAUGGUAUAAGAGGAGCUCUUGCAGCCGGCAUGCAAGGUGUGCUAGUUCCAGCUAAAGACGUUGAAGAAGAACAGAGAAGUUUCGCAACAUUAGUUGUAGACUCUUUAGAAGAAUUUCAACCCGAAUUAUUUGGGUUACCACCAUUUGAAUCCUAG